AUGGCUGGAGCUGGUAGAAGAUUAGCAAUCAGGUUUGCCUUACAUGGCUGUGCCAACAGGCCCUUUUACCAUGUAGUUGUAAUGCCAGUUAGGACAGACAGGCAAGCUGAACCAAUAGAACAAUUAGGAACAUAUGACCCAUAUCCAAAUAAGCAGAAUGAGAAGUUAGUUUCAUUUAACUUUGAGCGACUUAGGUAUUGGAUAGGACAAGGAGCAGAGCCUUCUAAACCUGUAGCAGAGUUGCUAGGUCUUAGUGGUUUCCUCCCUAUACAUCCAAGGUCUUACAUCAAGGCACAAAGACGUCGAAAGUGGAAACAGGAAGCUGAUCAGUCACAGCAAGAGAACAAUAAAGAUGGCGAUAUAGACACGGCAGAAAAUUAAUGAAUUAU